GAAACGGCUGCCCUUGCAAGGAUAUCUAAAACGCCGGAAUCCAGCCAACGGCAUCCUUCGCGCAUGCGAAUUUACAUCCACGUCGACCCCAGUGGCGGUUAUAGCGAAUGGACGUACGUGUGCAAGACACCGCUGACACACGUGCACGAAGCUGUGACAGCGUUUGUCGACGCGUACAACUGCAAGUUCCCCACGCAGCAGCUCACGCCCAGCUUGCUCGUGGCAAUGGCCAACAACAAGCCACUGGAACCGACCAAGAAGAUCUCAACGCUUCUUGACGACCAUGAUUCGUGCGAGCUUGCACUUGUCCAUGUGGCAACCUCACCACCGCCUCAACCUGUUGUUACUUCCGUGGAGCCCAGAAAGCCCAACCACGGUGCCGUUGACAUGCUCCUCGGGCACGCAAACAAGCACAGACAGAACAAUGCAUGGCGGUCGGCCAAAGCAUUGUGGGAGGCGGUGCUGGUGGACAUGGACACUGCGAAUGCGUCUGCGAUGCAAGGGAUGGUGGACUUGUACAUGCAAAGCACCCAAUGGACCAAAGCCAAGUCGGUCCUCUUGAAGCUGCUCCUUGCGGAUCCAACGCAUCAAGCACCGCGUUUGCAAUUAGCCACGUGCGAAAUGCACUUGGCCAACUCUGGUCGUGCCAUUACCAUCUUGCAGGAGCUCUUGUCCACACCGAGUUUAACGCCGGACAUGGAUCAUGACGCGAGCAUCCUACUCGCAACCGCGCUGUACGAAUGCGGGUCGAUCAAAGAUCAAGACAAGGCCGUGUCCAUCUUGGUGCAUCUCCUGGACAAAUCCAACCAUACGGACAUGGACGCGAUGGCCUUGUACAGCCAAGUGGCGCACGAUCGCGGCAAACCCGCCCAAGCCAUGCAAAUGAUGUUGAAAGUGCUUGUGGACCGACCCAAAGAUAAACGCGUCCAAGCCAAAUGCGCGGCGUUCUUGGAGGCCCCGCGUGGGUUUGAGUACUUGCAGCUCGCGUUGGACCCGACGUCCCCGUCCACGGCACCUGCGUACGCGUACUUGGCGUCCGUGGCCAAGGACCACGGAGCCAUGACCGCUUGCGUGUCGUGCUUCCAACAAGCAGUGGCCCAAUGCCCCAGCGAUGUCAUGUUUGCCUUGAAUUACGUGCACGCGCUGGAAGUGUGCGGGCGAUACGGCGACGCGUUCGUCGUUGUCAAGCAGUUUGUACACAACACCCCAACCACGGUCGUUGGGAUGGACUUGACGUGUCAAGACAUUGCAGCUGUGUUGGCGCCCUACUCGACGCUAGAUGACGCGAGUGGCCAUUGGACAGAGGAAGCUGCGAUGGCGUGGAAAGGAACUCACGUCUGUGUGUACCAUAACGACGCAAAAUUCGAGCGCGCCGUGGCCACCACCGUCGACUUGACCGGCCAACAACUCGAUUUAUUGGCACUGCUGUGCACCCUUGUCAAGGCAAAUACCGACAUUUGGAAAAGUGCAACACUAACAUAUAUAUAUAUCGCUUGCCUAGAUCUUGUUCCUGCAAGGGUGCCUUCGCCCCGUGCCCGCUUUGGUCGAUGCAAUCGAACCGUUGCGGUACCACUACGGCCACCUCCUGCACACGACGUCGAUCCGCAACGAGCACGCGUACUACUCGUGCAUCACGCAGCUGGUGACCAUCCCGUCGCUCCAUGUGCCGCGGCCCCGUCCGUCAAAUAUCAUUUACGUGUGUGGAGACUCGCAUGCGUUGGCGACGGCAUGGCGGUCCGUGGGUGCCCAUGUCCUGGUUCCGGCGCUCGUGACGGGCCUCAAACAUUGGCAUUUGCGCAAGACAUCGACGUUUUACCCCAAAGUGCACUUUUUCAACGUGAUCAAGUCCAUUCCACGUGGGGCCACUGUCGUGUUUGUGUUUGGCGAAAUCGACUGCCGCGAAGGGCUUCUUGUGGCCGUGGAAAAGUGUCGCUACGAGGUGAUCCCUAGUGUCGAAGCAUACGAUUUCGAUAGCUACAGUAAGCUAAGCAAACGCCAGUAGACUCUCGAAGAAGGCAUGGCGCAUACCAUGUCCAUCUUCAUGGACGUUGUGGAGGAUUUGGUGCGGGAGUUUGGGUUCAAGGCAUUCAUUCAUCCGAUCGUGCCCGUGCUCGACGAGACCCGACACAUUGUGCAGCUUUACAAUCGCCUAUUUCAGGCCAAGGUGCAAGGUAGUACCCUGUGCCAUUGGAUGGACUUUUUCGACAGCCUCUUGACCCCAUACAACAAGCUCCAACCGUCGUACGUGCUCGACGGAACCCACCUGCACCCGUCGUACCUGUCUUUAUGGGCCACCACGUUGGAGCCCCACAUGAGUGCGAUAUAAUCAUUACAGUAGUACUGCCUGAUAGCUAAGUAGUCGCAUUGUACGUUGUUCAGCUU